GACGACACCGCUGCCAUUUUGACGACGGGAACACCGGAAAGCUGGGAUACUGCCUGUUUGGUUUCAACGGUGUUAGUUACACUUAAAAAUAUACCACAAUGGCUAUGCAAGCAGCAAAACGCGCCAAUAUACGAUUGCCUCCUGAGGUGAACAGAAUCCUGUACGUCAGGAACCUUCCUUACAAGAUCACAGCUGAGGAGAUGUAUGAUAUCUUCGGGAAAUACGGACCGAUCCGCCAGAUCAGAACAGGGAACACACCUGAAUCCAGAGGAACAGCUUAUGUGGUUUAUGAAGACAUCUUUGAUGCCAAGAACGCCUGCGACCAUCUGUCAGGCUUCAAUGUCUGCAACCGUUACUUGGUGGUCCUCUACUACAACGCAAACAGAGCUUUCCAGAAGAUGGACACAAAGAAGAAAGAGGAACAGCUGAAGCUUCUAAAAGAGAAAUACGGCAUCAACACAGACCCUCCAAAGUAGCGUUCUGGAAAAACCUCAUCCGCUCUGUACAAAGCCCAUGUUCCUUGCUUUAUGCGGAUAGUCAUUUUACUGAUACCGUUGUUAAAAUGAUCUUUUUUACAAUGAUUGUGUUGAAAUGAGCAUUUCAUUUUAAAUUUUUUUUUUUUGUAUUUCCAUCAUGGGAUACGUGUGAACACGUAUGUGACUUAACAUCGGGGCAUGGAGCUAGUGUUCUCAAAACGCUCUCUGCCUGCUUGAUAUUCCAAACUUUGGUUGGUUGACAGGCCAAACAAACGGAUUUCGAUGGUGUCUGGUCAUAGUAUUCAUCCUCUUUUUGUUAUUCUUCUCACACACCUACAAUCUUUAAAUGUAUAGCUAACCGUGGCCAAACAGUGUGUGACAUGAAAUCGAUUGACCAGUACUGACUAUGUAAAGUAUAUGGUUUCUGUGAAAUAAAUGCUCCUAUUCUAACA